AUACUGAGUGAUCGUUUCACAACAUGCCUCUCUCUAGUGGCCAGCGUUUCAGUUGUAUUGUUUCUACACGAGAGCAGCCUAUCCUUCAUGCACGCCCACUGUCUGUUACACAAACUUAUAUCAUGAUUUCAAGAUCACUCCGGUCUUGAAGGCCAUCGAGACGUCUCUCUUUACAUAACAUCGAACAGCGCUUCAACCUGUCAAUUCAGGAUGUGGAUUCCUAUGCUGAGUUUGACUGCCCUUCCACACCUUGGUAUAUUUGGAGGUUUCAUCACACGGAAGGAGGUGAUGACCUGGUACACCACGCUCAACAAGCCCGCAUGGAGGCCACCUAAUGCUGCCUUCCCAAUAGUGUGGACCACUCUCUACACUGGCAUGGGCUACGGUUCAUACCUUGUGUGGAAAGAGCUUGGAGGCUUCACCCAGGAUUCACUGGUACCACUGGGGCUCUAUGGGAUGCAGUUAGCGCUUAAUUGGGCCUGGACCCCCAUCUUCUUUGGCGCUCACAACAUUAAACUGGCAAUGAUAGAGAUUGUGAUGCUGACUGGCACAGUGGCAGCCACAAUGGUGUCUUGGUAUCCCAUCAGCCGCACUGCAACACUUCUCAUGGUACCAUACUUGGCCUGGCUCUGCCUAGCUACCAGCCUCAACUACUGCAUUUGGAGAGACAAUCCAGAUCCCAAAAAAGAUGACUAAGAGUCCAAUAAAACGAACGCUAUUCUAUUUAACACUGACUAGAACAAAAAUGCAACCAUGUUUUUUUUUUUCUUUUGCUUGUUGGCCAUUUUGAAGUAUAAUAAUGAAGAAUUAGUUUAUUUUUUAUCUUCACUUUAAAUUUUGUAAUAUCAGAAAAAUUCACAUUGUGGCUUAAUUAUAAAAGAAGGAAAGGCAAUAAAAUGAGAAUGUUCUAAUGCUUCCAUUAUAUAAACUCAGUCCAUCAGAUCACUUAAGUUCAGCAUUUUACACAGAUCACUUUACAGGCUCUUUUGCUUGCUUCCUUGCCUAUUUUUUACUAAUAAAAAUGUUUUCAUGA